AUGGAGCUAUGGGGAAUCCUCCUUCUUGUCGUGGUCCUGGCACAGGGAUCACUGGGUGCCGUCCACGAUGACCUGGCCCAGUGUGGCCUUCACGGCGUCUACCGGCAGCGACAGAGUCUCAUCGAAUCCCCCAAUUACCCGGACAACUAUCCGGUGAACACCUGCUGGGACUAUGUGGUGCGAUCUCCCUACCGGUGUCCCACAAAGUUCCACAUCCAGUUCCUCGACUUCAAGCUGGAGCUCUCGGAGAAUUGCAGUCGGGAUUAUUUGGCCAUUGGCCUGGACAAUGAUGGUGAUGACAUGGAUGUCCUGUGCGGCCAAGUAUUGGGCAUAAAGAAGUAUCACACUCCGGAUGGUGUCCUGCGUCUGCGCUUCCUCAGCGACGACUCUCCAUGGACAACGAACGGGGGCUUUCGGCUGCUCAUCACUCGUCUGGCCUGCGAAAGGGAGGAUUUGGUGGCCAGGGGUCUGGUGGAUGAUGAUGACGAGGAGAUUGUGGAUGGGGAUACCGUGCAGGUGAACUCCAAGUCGCCGCCAAAGAAGCACCAUCAUCUGUUGCAUCCUCAGCAGCAGCAACAGCAGAGUCCCCAACAAUUAUUGAACUUCACACAGCAAACAACAAAUCCCUGGGGCUUUCCGUUUAGCUUGCCUCAGCGUCUUGGAUAUCCCGCUGGCUUUUAUCCUCCGCAGCAGGCGCCACCCUGUGCUCCUUCCCAGCAACAGGUGCAGUUCCAAGAGCAACAGAAAUUCCUUCAACAGCAACAACAGCAGCAACAGCUAUUAUUACAGCAACAGCAGCAGCAACUCUUGCAACUUCAGAGACCUCAACAGCAACAACAGCUCCUGCAGCAGCAGCUCGUGAAUCCUCAGCCACUCCUGAAUCCCCAGCAAGUCCAACUCCAAGUCCCUCUCCAGAACAUACCGAACAUUCAGCAGGAGCUGCCUCUAAUCUCUGACCAAUAUCAGACCACUUCCUUCCAACCCCAUGCAGUGACCCUCAAGGAUUAUGAUUCCCAGAGUCUGCAGCAGUUUGGUGGACAGCUGGAUCUCUGCUGUGCCAGCAGCUUCAAUCAGAACCACUUCUAUCUAUCUAGUCCGGGUUUCCCGAGGACUGUUUUCAACUAUCUUUUGCCCAAUCAGCAGAGGGACUGCGUCUUCUAUAUAGAGAAGAGCUCACCGAAUGUGUGUCGUUUGAGGAUACAGUUCAAGUUCUUUGAUUUUGGACAGAAUGCAGGAGGAGUGGGAGGAGUCUCUGGUGCAGGCUUUGGAGGUGUAGGAGGUGGACUUGGAGGAGGCCUUGGAGGAGGCCUUGGAGGAGGAGUCUCAGGUUUCGGUGGUGGCUUUGGCGGGCAGCAAGCCUGCAAUGGUGAUUUCCUGGAGGUCGAUGGCCAGCGUUACUGCGGCUGCCGCUCGGGCUUUGUCCACAAGUCGUAUUGGGCUCAGGGUCGUAAGGCUCUGCGGAUGCGGAUUGGCCAAUCGAGCAGCACCACCUCCAAUGGCUUCCUGCUGGAGAUUUUCCAGGAUCAGGACUCCGACGGCUGUCGCCAGGAUGCUAUACCGGGCUUAGGAUUGGGCCUCCAGCCUCAGCUACAGCAGCCACAGUUGCCCCAAAGGGGCUUGGGCUUGGGAGUAGGCUUGGGCUUGUGGCCGCAGCCUGGUCUAGGUGUAGUUCCUCAGCUGGGACAGCCGAAUCUUUGGCCCAUGCAGGCUGGCGGUGGCGCCUAUCUCAGUGGCUAUCCGGUGUCCUUUAGUCCCACUCCCUAUCGCCAGGCCAGAAGGAUAGCCUAUGCCCGCGGUAUCGAUUCACAGCAGCCCUCACGAGUGGUGGAGACGAACUCAACCAGGAAGGAGUUCUACUAUUUCGAUGGCGACGAGGCCUUUGCUCGUUCCGCCUUGGAGAACGAUGAGGAUGAGGACAAGGUCACAGGGCAGGCACAGCUUCCAACGGAAACCAAGCCCACAAAACCGGUGGUCACCAAGGCCUUCGAGCAGAGCAGCUGCUCCUUUGAUUACAUGGAGGUACUGAAGCUAUCGGUGGACACUCUUUGGCUGACCAAGCCUCUGUGCUUCUCGCCGCUGAGGAGUUGGUUCCCAAAUAUUUUCGGCUAG